AAAGAGAGAUGAUCAGUUUAAAGCAUAUAUGUGUAUAUAUAUAAUGUAAUGUAAUUGUGAUUAUAAGUAGACAUGGAAGAUGAAGGCAUGCAGGCACGUAGGAUUAAUGUGUAGGUAGUUUGAGUGGUUAAAAGGACAUGCAUGCGACUUUCCCGCGAAAACAAAACAGAAAAAGUCUUAACCCUUCGCCCCACCACCACCAGACAGCAAAUUAGAGACGACAUAUCCUCAUGACAUCUUCUUCCUCCAUUUCCUCCAUCCUCAUCUUAAUUUCUGUAUUCCUCUACAGGAAUUGCCUCUUAACACAACUGCAAAUGUGAGCAUUGAUCCUAUGAGGUUCGCCUGAAUUACGGCCUUCUGCAAGAUUGCUGUUCCUUAAAACUGAAAAAUGUCGUGUUGUGGAGGUGGAGAAGAGGAGCUUACUACCGGUCCUCCAGCCAACCAAUACACCGCCCCCCCUAAGUCCGGUAAUCCAUAUGCUGGUGGUGGAGGCGGUGAAAGAGGAGAGCCAAAGACUUCUGCUGCAAGAGGUGGAGCACCUCAGAAAGUUUUGCCUAUUGAGAUACCGGCAAUUUCCUUGGACGAGCUAAACAGACUGACGGGUAAUUUUGGAACAAAAGCUCUGAUCGGAGAGGGGUCUUACGGUCGGGUUUAUUAUGCCAAGUUGAGCAGUGGAGAGGAAGCAGCAAUCAAAAAGCUAGAUACCAGUUCAUCCCCUGAUGCACCAGACACUGAUUUUGCAGCCCAGCUAUCCAUGGUGUCAAGGCUCAAGAGUGAUAAUUUUGUGGCGUUGCUUGGGUACUGCCUGGAACCAAACAACCGAAUUUUGGCUUACGAAUAUGCCACAAUGGGCUCUUUGCAUGAUGUUCUACAUGGUAGAAAAGGAGUGCAAGGGGCAGAACCAGGUCCAGUUCUUACCUGGAAUCAGAGAGUGAAGAUUGCCCAUGGUGCAGCCAAAGGCCUUGAGUUUCUGCACGAGAAAUGUCAGCCUUCGAUUGUCCACCGUGAUGUCAGGUCCAGCAACGUGCUGCUGUUUGAUGAUUUUGUGGCCAAAAUUGCUGAUUUCAGCUUGACGAACCAGUCUUCUGAUACAGCAGCUCGGUUGCACUCCACAAGGGUCCUCGGAACAUUUGGCUACCACGCUCCAGAGUAUGCGAUGACUGGGCAGAUAACUCAGAAAAGUGAUGUUUACAGCUUUGGGGUGGUUCUUUUAGAACUUCUGACAGGGAGAAAGCCAGUAGAUCAUACCAUGCCAAAAGGGCAACAGAGUCUGGUUACCUGGGCAACUCCAAGAUUGAGUGAAGAUAAAGUGAAGCAAUGUGUGGAUCCCAAGCUAAAUGAUGAGUACCCACCAAAAGCUAUUGCAAAGAUGGCGGCCGUUGCAGCGCUAUGUGUGCAAUAUGAAGCAGAUUUCCGGCCAAACAUGACCAUCGUCGUGAAAGCUUUGCAGCCACUUCUAAACUCUAAACCAGCUGGUCCUGAAUCUAAUGCAUAGAGAAGUAAAUGCAUGCAGUGGCAGCAG